AUGGCUAACAAACCGAGCGCCCCAGUUAUGAAUCCUAUCGAACAAUCAGGAACUGAUUAUCUUCAAAUGCAUCGUAUAUAUGAUCUUUUUCAUAAUCUAUCCGCAUCUUUAGUUUAUAAUAAACCAGAGGAUCCAAAAGCAUUCAUGAUAAACUAUCUUGAACAAUUGAAAAAAGCUCGAUUAGCCGGUCUGGCUUCUCCGUCUCUGGUCGAUGACAAAGAUCUAACGUCUAUUUUCCGUAUGUUGGAUCCUGCAGGUCAUGGACACAUCACAUAUUCACAAUAUGCCUCUACAAUGGAAGCUCUUGGUGUACCUACGUAUAACACAUCACCAGCUGGAAAAGACAAUGAUCGUAUUACAUUCGAGACAUUUUCACAAGAAGCACGAAAACGGCUGAACGAAUUGAAUGCUACAUAUCAUUAA